CGGCUGAGGAAAGUGACGUCACGUAUACGCGACGUCACUACACGGGGAAAAAUAAAACAAUGGAGCAAGAGGAGAGAGAGUCCUGUUUUCAAUCUAUUCCCAGAUUGUGUCAGCUAAAGAAAAUAUUAAGACCAGACCAGUGCAUCGUGCUUUCUCUCUUUAUCACAUGUGCAACGCUUGCCACAUGGGCUUGCCCUUAUCACAGCUACACCUACUUGCACUCAGAUGAGGGCCACCUUAAGAUGAAUGAAGUGCCACACACAAAUACAGGCUGCUGACGCUGUGACCGCCUUUAUCAGUGCCAUGGAAAAGCCAAAUGACCCAGAGGUCAAGUUCAAGGCGAAGAAGGAAACCGCCUCUCCUGUCAUUGUGGCCAGAGGACAGUGGUCCAACAAGAUUGAGUUCCUUCUUGCAGUUGCUGGACAAAUCAUUGGACUUGGAAAUGUUUGGCGAUUUCCUUACUUGUGCUACAAGAAUGGAGGCGGAGUCUUUUUUGUCCCUUACGUCCUCUUCCUCUUCACAUGUGGCAUCCCUCUGUUUCUACUGGAGACAGCUCUCGGCCAGUACACCAAACAGGGCGCCAUUACCUGCUGGAAGCAAAUCUGUCCCCUUUUUUCAGGAAUGGGUUAUGGAAGUCAGGUGGUAGUUUUAUACUCCAGCAUCUAUUACAUCGUCAUAUUGGCGUGGGCAUUCUUGUACCUCUUCUCUUCCUUCAGCUCUGAGCUUCUGUGGGCAAGCUGCAGCAACAGCUGGAACACAGACACGUGUGUGGAGUUCAGUCAAAGACGUGUUCUCAACUGGACUGUGGCAGAAAACGCAACAUCCCCUGUGAGGGAGUUUUGGGAGAGAAGAGUACUGAACCUGACGGCAAGUCCCCACGAGAUGGGUAAUGUUCGAUGGGAGUUGGCGCUGUGUCUACUUUUGUCUUGGGUCAUCUGCUACUUUUGCGUGUGGAAAGGAGUGAAGUCCACAGGAAAGGUUGUGUAUUUCACGGCCACGUUUCCGUACUUGAUGUUGGCCGUGCUGCUUGUCCGUGGGCUGACGCUGCCCGGGGCCAUAGAUGGCAUCAAAUUUUACCUCUACCCCGAACCAUCCCGCCUGGCUGAUCCGCAGGUCUGGAUGGACGCCGGCACGCAAAUAUUUUAUUCUUAUGCGAUUUGCAUCGGUUGUUUGACGGCACUUGGAAGUUAUAACAAGUACAACAAUAACUGUUACAAAGACUGCGUCUACUUGUGCCUCCUGAACAGCGGGACCAGUUUUGUGGCCGGUUUUGCAAUCUUCUCAGUUCUUGGAUUCAUGGCUUAUGAGCAAAACACAGACAUAUCCAAAGUAGCGGAAUCAGGUCCCGGCCUGGCCUUCAUCGCUUACCCUCGAGCUGUGGCCAUGAUGCCGUUUCCCCAGAUUUGGGCCAUUUUCUUUUUCAUCAUGAUCAUUCUGCUCGGAUUGGACAGUGAGUUUGUAGGUCUGGAAGCUCUUGCAACCGGCAUUUGUGACCUGAAACCUUCCUUUUUCCACGUCGGCCAUAGACGCAAAUUACUUUUGCUCUUCAUCAGUGUUUUCUGUUUCUUUAUCGGCCUCGUGAUGGUCACUGAAGGUGGAUUGUACGUCUUUCAAUUGUUUGACUAUUACUCCUGCAGCGGGAUGACUCUGCUUCUCUUUGCCAUAUUUCAAUCCGUGUCUGUUGGGUGGGUUUAUGGAGCAGAUCGUUUCUAUGACAACAUUGAGGACAUGAUCGGAUACAGGCCUUUUCCGCUGAUUAAACACUGCUUGAAAUAUGUCACCCCGGUAAUCUGCAUGGGAACAUUUCUCUUCUCCUUGGUGAAAUACAAACCUCUGAAGUUCAACAACACCAUUGAGUAUCCGUGGUGGGGUUAUGCUUUGGGUUGGUGGUUCACUCUGUCUUCCACACUCAACGUUCCUUUAUGGAUGGUGUACAACUUGAUGACCACUCCCGGGACACUUCGUCAGCGCUUCGCCAUCCUUUGCACGCCGUCUGAUCGUUCGGCGCCCAAGAAAGUACUUGAAAUGCAGCACGUAAUGCACAAAUCAGAUGUCAUAUUGUGAAAACACGGAGCACUUCCAUUGAACACUCUGAGGCACAACUUUAACACCAAACCUGACAUUUUUCACAUUCACAUUCAAAACAAGCUGUACCAGGUUAGAAAUAACCUCAGUGCCUCAUUGUUUGCCCAUUCCUAUCCUCCAUUAUUUGAUGGUUUACAUAAAGGGAAUUUAAAAAAUAGGGAAGGUUGUAUAAAGUUUUGCCAAUAGCAACUGCAAUAAUGAAAAUGAUAUGUUCAGCUUUGAAAUGUUUGGUUUUUGAUGGGAUAAAAUCGUCUCUAGUUACCGAGAACAAGAACAUAGAUAAUAACAAACAAAACCAUUUUUAUGAUUUUUUUUAUUACAAAAAUACGGUCAAAUUUAUGACGCUGAUUUUUUAUCAGUACUAUACAACCUCGAACGUGGAAUAAAACAAAAGCGUUGAGUCGUGACAAAAAGACCACGUGUGCACCUCCAGUAGGUGAGCCAACUGCAGUCUUUUUAAAUUCUAUGAAAGUGCCUUUAAAUGAUCACCCCAAAAAUAUGUACUCUCAUGGGAUAUGAAUAUGCUCUAAUUUUUUUCAAAUAUUCAUCACUUUUAAUUUCUACAAUCAAACAUUAUUCCUAAAGUUAUUUUACAAAUUGUCGUAAAAAUUGUUGUGUUUGUUUUUAACAGAAUAAUGUGAUCAUUUGUAGCAUUUGCUCAAUUACUUUAAGCUACCGAUAAAUGCUAAAGUUGCCUUCAUAUGCUCACACACACUGGAUCAUGUGAAUAGAUUUUAAAAACACUGUUAUGAAAGUAGCACACUAGUGGUUCUCACAUCCGCCUCACAGUUUCAAAUUUUGCGGUUUGAACUCUGGCUUCCUCAUGCUUACUGAAAGCAGAAGACAGAAAAAGAACAAAUAUGCUUGAAUGUAGAUUUAGGUAUUUUUCAUUUAUUUUGCCAAUAUUUGCAUAGUUUGUAUUGACUUGCGCAAAUGUGACUGAAAGUAAUCAAAUUAUAUGACUUUGAUAUUGCGAAUCUUGGAUUACAUUGCUGGCUACGUUUUUAACAGGUAACUAGUAAAACAUUUUUAAAAUAACCAUUUUGUUAACAGUAUUCCUAAUCUUUUUUUGUCUUCUUUUAAGAUAAAAAAAUUCUGACUGAUUUGCUUGGAAUUUUGUAAAUUUUGUCAUUUUUGUCAUUGAAUUGACAUGUACGAUCUUUAGAUAAAACUUAGGUGCUGUGAUAUAUAUAUAUAUAAUGUAUAUAUUAUUGUGCCACAUAUUGUAUAUAUUGAUGCAUUAUAUUUGUGAUCAUACAUCACAAUGUAUGAUGGCAAAUAAUUUCUUAAAUUAUGUUCAUUUGAUUAAUUUGAAAUAAAUCAAUAAAGUGAUUACUGGUCCCUUCAACUCUUCUAUCGUUUGUUCUAUCAUUUAAUUUGAUAGUGAUUUUCUUUAUAGUUGCGCAAUAAUGAAGGUGGUUAUUUCAAAUAUAAACAAUAGUUUUAUAAUAGUGACAGUUAAGAGAAUGGAACAAAAUUAGUUUGAGGAAAAUUAGAAAAAGAUUUCCAUCUACCGUUCCAAAUUAAACCGACCAUUAAAGGAAGACCCAAUUUCGUGAAUGCAAAUGUUUAUUUAUGCUUUCUGAAGUGCAGAAACUGUAUACAAAUACAAAAAAUACAUAUAACACUGUAACAAUGGUACCUUACAUCAUUUCUGCCUGUAAGUGUUUGUUUUGCUUCAAUGCCAAGUUCAAACAUGAAACACAAGUGUGAUUGCAUGUAAACGUGAAGGAAAAACCCGUAGCUUCCGUUCAAAACCAAUUAUGAAAGUGCUUCUUUUGUUUGGUUUUAUCUAUUUAUGCCAAUUAUGCACUUUGUUUUGUGUGGGGUGUUAUAACGAUAGAAAAGUACUUCAUGCCCACAUUCACUGUCGAAAAUGAUUAUAGUCAUUUCAAAAUGAAUUAAUAUUACCACUCGCACAAUGAUAUGCAACAUAUUUAAGACUGUUAAGGUUUUUAGUUUUUAACAUAUCAAUGUUUCUAAAACAUCUCAAAAUUAUUGUCUGGUACUUUCCCAGA